AGGAAUUGUUUACUAAGAAUUACAUGUACUGCUAAUGUGUUGCUGAAGCUUCUGUCAAAAGCUUAUUCUCACUUCUAAAAAAUUUAGGAAUUCUUUGAAAAGAAGAAACUUAAAUCCAAGAUGAAGCUUCUGGGAGUAACAUCACCUAAAAGUUCAGCAGUCAGUUUAGAUCUCCUCAAUCUGUAUGUUGUCAACCAGAUAUCAACCAAAAAGGACAACGAGAACAAGAGGAAGCCAGUCCACAUUGAUAUCACCGAAGAUGUAAAAAUACCCAUUAGGAGGCACAAUAUAGAGCUUCCCAUGUCACCACUACGUACACAACAUAUGUCAAACUUAGAUGACAUCCAGAACAGGUUACAAAAGCAAGUAUUGGACAGAAGAAGGCAGCAUCUCUCAGAGAAAGUCAACUACCAGCAUAAUUUAUCACAAGUAACAGAAUCAAGGUAUGUUGACUCUAGUAUGGAACAUGAAGACAACAUAGCAAGAGCUUUUAGUGCCUGUCCAUCGUCCUCUUCUGGUUUUUGGUCUUCUAACUGUACACAUCCAGAAGAAAACUUCAGCGCAAGCCUGAUGGGCAAUACUUGGGAACAGACCUGUGAAGAGAAGCUGCGAAACCAGCUAGGAAAUAAUUUUGAUCAAGACCCUUGGAUUACAAAACCUCCAAGCCAGUGUAUUUUCAGGAAGCCAGAUAUAGCGCCUCAGGAACUGUUUAAGCCACUGCAUAGGCUAGACUAUAUGAAUUCUGCCAGGGAAAAUCCAGUGAUAAUGACCAGUAACGAAUUAGAAAACAGUGAAGGAAUAGAAGAACCAUUGUUUGAUGUCGUGAAAGAAACUGCAGAAUGGAAAGCUCCCCAAGAUGGAAGUGAUUGUUCCUUUCUGGCACUGUUUGAAGAUGAGAGCCGACCAAUUCAUAAUAAUCCUUCCACAAAGCAUUUUAAUCCUUUUGUUGACCCAAGCAGUACUGACAUUUUUACCAUUGAUCCUGAUGAUAGAAAUCAAAUGACCAACAGAAAUUACCCUUAUGAUACUAGAGAGGCUUAUUCUGCAAUCAGUGCAAAAAGAAGUUUUGUUGACAGACGCCUUGAAGGCAUUUUCACAGAUCCAGAACAGGUUUUACCUGAAAGUAACAGUGCCUCAGGUGCAAGCUACAAGAAAACCAGUGGACUUCAUAAAGCUCACCUGCAGGACUGUCACGACGGACAGCACUACUUCCUACCCUCUGAAAACAAAGUAAAACCUGCAAACUUGGAAAGAAUUGAGACAUUUGCUUAUCACCAUGCUCAUCCAAUUAGCUUCAGGGAGAAUGUACAGAACUAUUCCAGAAAAAAAAGUGAUGAUGAGUCCGUGAAAGAAUUGGUCUGGAGACAGAACCAGCUCUUUGCAUUUGAAGAGUUCACAACAGCACAAGAGAAAGAGUAUAAGUUUGGAGUGAGUUCAAAUCUUCAUGAGAUGGACAAGGAUGUGGACUCAUCACUCAGCAGCCAGUCUCCCAGUUACUCUCCAAGGCAGACAGAGAGCUGUUUCAGCCCCAGUCCUGACACAUCUGAAGAGGAAGACACAGUCCAAAAGAAGGAAUAUCUGAAAGAACGGUCCUCAAAGAGAGAUGAUGCCAACGCAGUCCCAGCCCCAGCAAGCGCAGAGCCGCCCAAGGCCUCUAACACCAGCACCGUGCCUCGCCAGCCCAGCAGGAGUUUGACCAGAGAAGCAGCAACCCAUCUUCAGGGGAGAGACCCUGUUUUAUGUGUCACAGAGGAGGAAAAUAAAAACCACGCUGCCCCAGCUGAGAGCGGCUUGUUAGAGGAAGCCCUCCGAAGGGAGCAUCUCACUCGCACUACCACGCGUGAUGGUUGGUCACAGACUGAGCCCUCUGUCACAGAAGCAGAGAAGGUGGAUGUUGCCACCCAGUGUGGCACCACGCAGGUGUGCAGCUGCAGGAGCUCCCUCCCCUCUGCCCGCAGCCUGGGGGGGACCCCUCCUCCCAGCACCUCUGGUGCUACGGGAGGGCACAAAGUGCCAGCGCAUGAGGUGCUGGCGCCCGUGGGUGCGGGCAGCACAGCUGGAAUGGCCGCCUUUUCUUCUGAAGCCAAGUAUCUGAGCUUGGCUGGCCAAAGGACUCUGGAGGUGCUGAACUACAUUGAUAUAAUGAAGGAGAGAGAGAAGCAGUGAUGGCAGAGGAUGGGUCAUAAGGAAUCCAGAAGUUUUGUCCUGUUCUCAGUAUGUUUCAUUUAGUUGGCAUCUUUUGAUUUUUCUAGCCUGGUUAGACAAAUAUUUUUUUUUUCCUGUUUGUUUCCUUUAAAUUGUUGCUAUGGCUCUCUACCUACUGCUGCCUCUAACUAUGGAUUUCUACAGAUCUCCAGCUGUUAAAAUAGGACUUUACAAUAGCCUAGUAAAUAAUACACCUUAGGAAUUAGAUUGGCUUCCCCAUCAUAUAUCCAUAGGAUUCUGUAGUUUGAGAUUGACUUUGCCUAUCUUGAAUGUAAUGGAAAGAUUCUGUUUCACUUCAAAAUGUAUUUGAUGUGGCUCUUACUUCAGAACUAUUGUCCGAUUCUUAUCCAUUUUAGCAGACAAUAAGCCUUUGCCACAUGUUUGUACUAAAUACAGAAAUGGGAAACAGAAAAUGUACAUCACACACAGAAUAAAAUGUAAUUGAUAAAAAACUAAUUUAUUAAAUAAAUUUUUUAAAAAGCUUUCUUUUCCUUCCAUAGCAGAUCUGUUUUAGCACAUUAAUUCUCUGGCUGUUAAUACUGACAAAUCUUUUAUGUAUUUCUGUAUUUUGUCCGCGGAUUAAAAAUCUGAACUGCUUUCCUCUUCAUUUCAGUACUUGUGUGAAGCUACAGAUCACAAGAAAUAAAAGUUUCUGAUAGUAUUGUUUCUGAGUUAUAUUCUUUCCUUCUAGAAAAGCUCCUAGUAAAAGCAGCAGGGAGACUCACUCUCUUACUGACAUCUCCUCCUUGUACAUCCAUGCACCUUUACUUGCAUAUAUGUGU